CGUAUGUAGAGAAUACGGAAAGGAGCAGACUUUACAGCCAACAGAGUAUAAAUAUACGCACAGUGGAGCGAAAAUUCUAGAGAGAGAAAGCGCGUCCCUUCAGAGAGAUUGCGAGAGGGGAGGGGUUGGAUUUCCACAGAUGCUCUUGGCACAAUAUUCUGAUAAGCAUCCAACCUACAGUUCAAAUGCCAUCAUUAAAAAUGAAAACAACCACAGGCUGUUUGAAGGAAAAGGUAAGUCUUCAUGUGUGUCGAAAGUCCAGUGUGAUAUCCAAGAGCCCUCUUUCUCGUGCCAGAACUCCUCAAGAUGCAGAAGCUCUUAUAUGCACUCAAAGCAACCAGGAUGUUCAUGUUGCAGUACAUGCACAUGAUCUUGGAAGGGAUGAGGCCAUCCAAGAUCUUGGAGGGAAUGAGGCCAACCAAGAAGCUAGAAAAGAUGAUGUCAACCACGAUAAGUUGUCUAUUGGAGACAAAGUUUUCCAAAAACAGUUGCCAGCUUCCACAGAUUCAGAACCUACAUCAUCCAAAUGCACCUCAAACAUGGAAACCAUUUUUUCUCCUAUCCUAGAGUCUAUUGAUUCAUACAAUAAUGGAGGAAGUGAUGAUCUAUAUGUACCACAGUUGGAUAGUGAAGACAGUGAUGAUUGCAGCAGAAGUUCAUGUGAACACCAAGCAUGCAAUAUAUCAGAUGUCUACCUCUCUGACAUGAUUUUUUCAGGAGCACCCAGUGGAAAUGAUUCCCAAUUUGAUAACAGAGCAGAUACAGAUUUCUUACCUGAUUAUAGGUUUGACGAGUCUAGUUUACUUUGUGAUCUGACAGAGGAAUACAUGGCAUUGCCUUUCCUGGGGGAAAAUUUAGAUACUGGGCAUGACUUUGAUGGCAAACCGCCCCAACAAAACAUCGAUUCUGACUCCAGCUUGUACAUGGCAAUCCAUCAAUUGAAACCUUGCAGCCAGGAUUCUCAGCUAAAUACUUACAGUGACCAAGAUUAUGAUUGCUUUGACCCACAAAUGUAUAUAAGAAGUCUUCCGGACCAGCCGGAUGUGGCAUUUUCCUUGUUGCCAACCAGAGUGUCAGAUGAGAAGCAAAGUAAACAAAUUACUUUAGUACUUGACUUGGAUGAAACGCUAGUCCACUCAACAUUGGAGCACUGUGAUGAUCCGGACUUCACAUUUUCUGUGUUCUUCAACAUGAAAGAACAUACUGUGUAUGUUAGAGAGAGGCCCCAUCUCCACACAUUUCUUAGAAGAGUGGCUGAUAUGUUUGAAAUCAUAGUGUUCACUGCUAGUCAAAGCAUUUAUGCGAGCCAACUGUUAGAUAUCCUUGAUCCUGAAGGCACAAUUAUAUCAAAACGAGCUUAUCGGGAAUCAUGCAUCUUUACAGAGGGAAGUUACACAAAAGACUUGACGGUAUUGGGUGUCGAUCUUGCUAAAGUUGCUAUUAUUGAUAAUUCCCCUCAGGUCUUCAGGUUGCAAGUGAAUAACGGUAUUCCUAUUAAGAGUUGGUUUGACGACCCAUCAGAUUGCGCGUUGAUUUCCAUGCUACCAUUUUUGGAGUCUUUGGUUGAUGCAGAUGACGUACGACCCAUCAUUGCUAGGAAAUUCGGUAACAAGGAAUAAUAGCUCCUUGUAUGUCCUUAUUAGCGCGUUUAUCAUUCCAUAGCCCCUUCAUUCCUCAGUGAAAGUUUCUUUGUUUUCUGAUGCUCCUGAUUCCUUCCAUGAGCCUUGCUAUAUAGCCAUCGCAUUUUAUAUAAUUCUCCAUGUUGAGUGAGGUUAUCAUGAUUUCUUUUGUUACCCUUUUAAUUGAUUAGCUAAUUUGUGGCAGAGGUCAGUUUAAGCCAGUUUUUUAUUUGCUUUGUACAUCUUUAGGUGCGUACAUGGGUGUAUAUGAAUUGUUUCUGAAAUAAACUCGUUGUUCUGAUUGAACCUUUUCUUGAUCGACAGUUCCAUAAGCUGACAUUACUUGCCCCAAGUAUGUCAACUACACUUGAUGAUGAAGAAUGGGUUUGUGUCUUAUGUUCCUAUUAGUGAAUGAACUAAAGUUACCAUUAUAAGUUUAUAAUCCUAAAUACUACUAUUACGAAGUGCAGUACCUUUUUGGUGUGAUAUGUGUGCCACUUUGAACAGUCUAAUCAAACGUGUGAGCUUUUGCUUGUAGGGACCUCCCUUUUGGUAGUGCUCUGAAAGUCCAUUGGGAUGGUAAACUAAAGAUUUGUGCUAUUAUUUUACAAAGUUGCUGUUGUGAAUGCACAGUUAGAGCUGUAUCAGUUUUUUAUAGGUGUUACUGAAUAAGUAUUUAGUGGCAUGCUCUGUUUCAUCAUCUGAAUGACUUCCCUCUUUUCUCAUUCCCCCCUGUUUCUUGCCAAGUAGAAAAUAGAUGGUGAAGAAAUCAUACCAGAUUAUUAAUAUCCCGAAAUGAUCACCAUAUUUGAUGCUACAUUUGACUGUAUGCACCUCUAUCCAUCUAUCAUUGACAGAAGACUCGUAUUACUGUGAAUAGACGGUGAGAAUAAAAUACAUGUAGCAUUUGUAUGAUUGAAUUUACAUAGGUGAAUGCUGAGAAUUACUAUCUCUGUCGAGGUGUUCUUUUACUGUUUGGAAUGCCUUGCUGCAGGUCCGUUUGCAGAUACUAUAUUCUGUUGGCAGACUAUUGGAAUAUAAGUUUAGAUGAUUGGUGUUUGUUCUGUUUUUGUUUUGUUAUGUUAGAAUCUUUACCAUACAUGUCAAUUGUAUAACAAUAAAUGUCAAUCUUUACCUGAUUGUCUUCUAACUAGUCUGCAAUUUAGUUUU